CAAACCCCCAUGAAUGUUGAAAAUUGUUGUUUCAUCGUAACCGUAGUCAGACAAAAGCUUAUUAAUCGACAUUGUUUUAAAUUUCGCUACAUUUUGUGAACUGUGUAAACUACUCCUUGUUAUUAAAAAUAAUGGAAUUGUCUGCAGAGGGUAAAACACCAGAAUAUAUGGCCUUAGCUGGCAUAAAGUUUAAACUAUCCUUACCUCAACUAAAAGAUGAUUUGCAACUAAAAGAACAGUUAUUAGCGGGAAUUAAAGCUGGAAACAUGGCCCCGUAUUAUAAGGAGGUAUGCAACGAUCUGGGAUGGCCGUUUGACCAAAAGCUGUAUGAUGCUAUGGCCAAAGAGAAUCAAGAGAGGCUAGAAAAAUUUGAAGAAGAUGACUCCGAAACACCCGUAUGGCAAGACAGAUUAGAUUAUCUUUGCUCAAUUGGUGACAAAGAAGCGGCUACUGUGUUAGCUACAACUAAACACGAAGAUUCUACUUUGACAACUAACAGGCGUCUUGAUGCUGUUUUUGCUCUGUUUAGAAUAUCCUACUUCCAUGGAUGCAAUGUGAAAGAUAUGGGCAAAGCAAUUACAAAAGCUCACGAACUAGUGGACAAAGGUGGAGAUUGGCGCUCUAGAAAUAAGCUAAAGGCAUAUGAAGCUAUUUACUGCCUUGCUGUUAGAGACUACAGUCGUGCUGCAGAACUCUUUAUUGAUUGUGUAUCUACCUUUGAGUCAUAUGAAUUAGUUGAUUUUGGUACAAUAAUCCAGUACUGCGUGCUAGCAUGUGCUUUGGCCCUCGAGCGUCAUGCACUGCAGGCUGCGCUCCGUCGUCAGGGUGCUGCGGUGCAAGCUCUCAGGUCAAGGUUCCCUGAGCUGAGAGAGCUUGUGGAAUCCCUCCAUGAGUGCAGAUAUGCUGAUUUCAUGAAGAGCCUUGCUUGGGUGGAGACCCAGAUCUGCGUGGACCCGAUAUUCCGGCCGCAUUACCAGCACUACGUGCGUGAGGCCCGCAUCAAGGCGUACGUGCAGCUGCUGCGCGCGUACCGCUCGCUCAGCCUCGACAACAUCGCCGCCACAUUCGGUGUCACCCGGGAGUUCGUCGAGGAAGAAAUCUCUACGUUCACCACAGCGGGUCGCCUGCAAUGCCGCAUCGACGCGGUCGGUCAGUGCGUGGUGACGGGGGCGGGGCGUGGCGCCGACGCCGACCGCUCCCAGCUCUACCAGGCCACCAUACGAGAGGGCGACCUCCUCCUCAACAGAGUAAAGAAACUCGCCAGCGUCAUCAACUUCUAGAAACUCCUAGGAGCGUAUGCUAACUUAGGUGUUUCAGGUUACUUUAACUUUUAACUAUUAGGAAUUUCUUAUAGAGUCAAGACGCUCGCCAGAGAAGUUUUUGCUCCUGUAUUAGU